GAAAUCAACUGUUUAAAAAAAUAUUUUUUUUCCCAGGUAAACUCGGUAGAGUUUCUUAUUUUCAAAACUUGUUUAAAUCCAUGACUUACACUGCCUUUUAAAAAAAUGUUUUUACCUUAUCUUUCAAUUUGGUAAAUUACCAACAAAAAUGUUAUCUAUUUGAAUCAAAAGUUGAACAUUCUUAGAUUUAAUUGGUCCAGAAAUUUAGUAUAAAUAAUGUUACUUUGUUCAGCUACCUAUAACAGUUACUGUCAGAACAAUUAAAUGCUCUUCCACAGUACAAUUAACAUGCAUCUCCACCAGUUGCAAUUCAUAUAACAGAACAAGGCAUGGCUUCCUGCAAGUAUAUCAGGUUUGUGUUCAAUUCAAAAGGGCCACAUUUCAAGUCAAUCCCCGAGUAAAUUGAAAUGAGAUCAUCAUUAUUUUAGACAGUAUGGAUACAUUUUGUCAUAUUUUAGUGGUGGGCUGUGAGGGUUUAUUUUUUUAUUUAUUUUUAUUUUUAUAUAUUUUUUUUAACUGUAAAACAUGCCCUGACUCAAUAAAGGUCGGGAGAUUCUGAUCUAGGAAACCCAAGUUAAAAUGUUAUACUCUAGUUUUUUUUCGUGCAGGUAGUAUUCGGAGGCAGCCAUCUCAACCUAAUUUCGGGUUACCUUCAGCUCUAAUGUUAUGAGAGCUGUUUCUGAGUAGCGUUGCACUACUCGGGUUACUCAGCGCGGCACGGUAUCGGAAACAGUUAGAAAUCACUCUUAAAACUGUCGACAGAUUUUCUUUCCUAGUGCCAAUGCGUGGGACGUUUUUUCAAACUGGUAAAUAUUAAUUAUUUUGUCGUCAAGCUCGUCUGAUCUUUAAUGAGCGUUACACCUUUGUUGGCUUUUCUGAGUCGUAUCGUAAAAUAAGUAUUUUUGUUAAGGUGAAGUGGCAAGUGUUUUAAGAAAAGAAAAGAAAAGAAAAUACAUGUAAAUAUUUAAAGAAAAAGGUGUUUGUUUAAGCCAGGAGGUAGUCAGCAUAUGCACGUGAAUGAUCAGAGUGGUACCAAUUCUUCCUCAAUUUGAGCGAAGAAAACCCCUGAACUCUGCCCAUAUCUCUUGCAGCCAGUGUGUUUUCAAGUCAUCCUGCUUGAGCUCUUCAACUCUGCAGCCAUGUUGCUUCGUCCCAUGCUGCUUGGAACCGCCCUUCUAAUCCUGGCCCCCAUGGCGACCCUCGAGGCUCGCGCUCUUCACCCUUCAUCUGAUAGCGCUCAGUUAAUGGAGCAGCUCCUUGAUCGCUAUAAUGACCUGCUGACCAUGGACGACCUGGAGAACCUUCUGAGCAGCCCUGCAGAGGAGCAGUCCACCUUAUCCUCCGGGGCCAAAGCGUCCGAGUUUCCCGCCAAAUGGGCCGAAGUCCAGCCGGAGACGCCCUGGCUCCGCCUCCUCCGGGGGGCCCUGGCCAAUCAGAAGCCGGCUGAGUCAGAGCGCUCACGAAGGGGAUGGAACCGAGGCUGCUUUGGCCUUAAACUGGACCGGAUCGGGUCGAUGAGUGGAUUGGGUUGUUAGUUAACAGACUGGCGUCAUCUGUUUGGGAUGAGGAGGACGUAAAGGAAGUUGUUGUUGUGUUAGCAGCUUUCAGCACUUUUGUAGUUCAGCUGUAGUAUUUAAACUAUUGUAUUAGAAUAUGUCACUUAUUUUUUACAUCAAGCAGUAUUUUUUACCCCAUUGUCGAGCUUGUGUUUCUAGUAAAUUAGGUUUAGCUAGCUUUAGUCAAAUGUAAUGCCCGGUGUUGUGAUGUGCCAAGUACAACAAGUUGUGUAGUUUAAAAACAAAACAACAACCCAUCCAC